CCCAUUCAAAUGUUUUACCCCGCUGGUUGACGUAUACUGCCUUCCCUUAUAAAUAUAUGGGCUGGGAAAAUUUACUGAUUGGUUGCUGAAACUGUCAUUCUUUUCACGACGUGUCAAUCUUUCAAAGACACAGAACUUCAAGUCUGACCACAUAAUAUCGAGAGGUUUUAAAAGCACUUAAAUGUUGGUGGAGAUAUAUUUAUAAACAGUUGAAGCACACUUGUUCUCAAAGAAACUACAAUUUGAAGUUCUCUUAAGAUGCAUUGGCUUACAAUGGAAAGGUCUACAGCUAAAAAGGGGAGAAAACAAGCUUCAGAAAGGCGUCGAAGAGAAAGAAUCAACCAAAGUUUGGAAGAGAUAAAACAACUUAUCUGCAAAAAUAAUUUGUUGAAUGAAAAGAAAAUGGACAAAGCUGACAUUCUAGAGCUUGCUGUAAACUUUCUACGACGUAACAACAAUCAACAGUCAUCUGUAGCAAUUGAAAGUAGACAAACUGGCACAAUAGAUGGCGACAACAAAGCCACACAUGUAAUGCAAAAAGACACGAUCACUGAAAACACACAAGAUGACGAUACUUGCAGUUGUAAACUAAAGGAUAAGGUCGCCACAAACUCAUUAGAUAUCAAUGACAUCAAUAGCAAAGAACAUAUUGUGAAUCGACGUAUUCCAUUAGAAUAUGAUGAACAAUCUGAGGAAAUUACGACGAAACAUUUUGCAAACAGAAUGCCUACCGAAAUGAGAGACAUAUCAGAACGAUAUACAAACGAAGAAUCACUAGACACGAUGGAUAAUUUGCACAAAACCAAUGGUGCAGUAUGUAGGACUAAAUCUAUGCAAUAUAUUGUGCUAUAUUUACCCAUUGACUCUCAUACGAAAUAUGCAACUAGAUCUGCGGCACAUUCACGAAUAACACCAGAUGAAAACGCAAUUGAGCGUCCGGAAAACAGAUUUGCAAAACAGUCAGAAAAUGUUGGACAUGGUGAACAUGAGAGUGUACUCAUUGCAUCAGAUGAUGACAAAAUAACGAGUGACACCAUUUGGCGACCUUGGUAAUGUCCUAGACCCUGCUUAUAAUAUAUGAUAUUAACACUGCUGUAAUUAAUCCAACAAAGAUGACCAAUAAAUGAAACAAUCAACAAAGAGCACAGGAAACGAAUCUAAUUAACCAAACAUUGUCAUACCUGUUGCUGCGUGCUGGACUAAGCCCUAUUCAGUGUUGUGUUUGGAGCAGCAUGGAAUGCAAGGGCGUCAAAUUAUGCAACUCAUACUUGAUCUCACUUAUCAUUAUUAGCCAAUGUGGGUUGACAAGGUUACCUGGUUUAUCAAUCAGAUAUUGUAACAAGAAAAAUUCCGAUGAAAAAAGAUGUCAUUUGAAUUCUAUGAAAUAAAUAUUAUAUAG